UUGUAUCUCCAUUUGUCAGUAUUAUUAUUUUUAAUGUACUUUGAACUACUUUAGCCCAGCUCUCUUUUCCCCAGGGCGCCAAACCUGCACAAAACCUCACUAGCCAGUGUCCUUCUGAUCCAGGCCGGUGUUGUGCCAAAAAAUGAUAGCUCGUAUUUAAACUGCUAUAAAUAACUUGUUGCUCUGUAAUAUGUGAAACAAAUGUCAAAUGUAUCCCUCAUGAAUGAUAUCAAGUCAUCUUGAGGCACAAACAACAUUCAUGUCACAAGGUAGAAGCUGCAGUCGUUUUUUGGCAGUGACGUUUAUAUAUCCUUAAUUUUUCCAGUUAAAAAAAAAACAUCUUGUUGACUUUUAAAAUGUCUUUUUUUCAGAGUAAUCUGUUCACUGAAGUCUAUUAACCAACAUACAUAAAGAUAUUACACAUAAAAAACACAGAAACAUUUGAAAUCAGUUUUUGGCACAACACUGGUGUUGGCAUUACUAAUGCUUCGUCUGUCUGAAAUCACUAACCACAUGCCUGUACCAGAUUUAUGUUUCCAGGCAUCUUGUUGGUGUUACUGCUGUUGGGGAAUCAUCUCUAUAAAAGCUUCACAACAUUAUAUUAAAACGCAUGUGCUUUCCCCUGCUGACACACACUUAGCCCAGAUGUUCUUACAUCUGCAGUCUACACAUAGAGUCCGUUUUUAUUUUUACCAACAGCUGUUUAACCAGGAAGGGAUGCCACCUUUAGCUGGAGCCGAGUUGGUCCACACUCCAUUGCAGCUGUAUCGAUACCUGCUCAGGUGCUGCAGGCAGUUACCGUCCACAGCAAUGCAACAACACUAUCGACAUGCCAUAAGACAGGGUUACAACAGCCACUCAGAUGAAGACGACCCUGAGAGGACACAGAUGAUCAUCCAGAGAGCGAUUGCAGAUGCUGACUGGAUUCUUGAUAAAUAUACCAAGAAGAAAUGAGCGCGUGUCCACGGCGGUGCAUUUUGCAGGGCUGUCCUGGAGUCACACUGGUGAAGGUGCUGUCCCUGUCUGCGAGUGCUCAGGGUGUCAUGGUUUUUUUGAGGGAUGACCGAUGACUCGCUGUAAAUACUGUUCUCAAACUAUGCCAUUAAAUGUGCAAUCAUGAACUUAGUUGGUUUGUUCCUUGGAGCAAAAGUCGAACAGGAGAUGGAAACUGAAACUAUUCAGCGAACUACAAAGAGUUCAUGGUUUUAUGCUUUAUAUACAUAUCAAUGUCCUCUACAGCCUCUGUGUCUGAAUGAUGAACACACGCAGUAGUUGGUCCAGUGUUGUCUGAGCAUGGCUCCCACCUUAAUGCACGUUUAAAACUUUAAAUAUGUUUACAGCCUACUAAAAAAGGUACUAACAUUCGUACCAGAACUGUGAAAAAUGCUACAGUACUUGUUUUUUGUUUGUUUUUCCUUUACUGCCAUAGGUUCCUCAGGCUGCGUAUGUAAUGAUGUAGAAGCAGAACUGAAGAGGACGACAUACGACCGACAAGGGUUCUAGAUUAUCUUCCAUGCUGAAGAAGAAGGAGAACAUGGAAGAUGGCAGCAAGUACAGCUGCUAACAUAUCGCUGCCCGUACUUGUUAAUAGUAAAAGUCUGGUAUGGAAGUACUUUACAUUCUUGUCCUGAAACACACUUUACUACUUUGUUUGAGACAGCUAGCAUCAAAUCAGCUGUGUUCCUUACUAGAGCUGGGCAGUCAAAAAGGAAUCAAAACUGACACUGGGAAUCUCUAAUCCACCUGAUCUUUCCCGUGUCGGUUAUUUCAGUUUUUUUAAAUUCUGUGUUGUCACGUGACUCUGUGCCUUCUGCAGCAUCAUGGAGAAAAACAAACAAAUCAACACAUCGAGCUGAGCGCACAACUUCAAAUCUCACGUCUGUUGUUUGGACACGUUUGACUUUAGUAAAGACGACUUCAAACAAAAGGGAGAAAAACAUUUCAUCAUCCAACAACAAUACUACUAAUCUGUUGCAACGCUUGGAGGACAAUCGUGUCACCAAUUAAAAAUAUCCCACCUUUAACAGUUCGCAUAUUUACAGUACGACCUGACUGCACGGGGUUAUGGUGUGUUGUGUGUCGAAAUUUGAAGCGAAAAAUGAAUCUAGUUUGGAAAAAGGCUGGAACGUGACAAAACGUGGGACAAGUGAGUGCUACGGUCAGUGUACUGCACAGUGGUGAUGGACACGUUUGAAAAAGCAGACCGUGUAAUAUAAUGUACUCCUAUUGAUGGUGUCAACAACAAAAUCAAUGUUAACCACCUGAAAGAAAAUCAUUCAAAGUGUACUUUAGCUGUCAGGCUGCCCUUUCAGACUUCCUGGGUUAGAUCCUAAAGGCCUGUUUCAGCAGAUUUGCAGGUCAAUGUGUAGUCGGUGGUUGGACGAAUAGAAAAGCUGCUCUCAUGUUGCAUCAGUGGAGGGUGUCCGAUCCAGGAUUGCAGGGGAAGCAAAGAUAUUUCUCUUUUCUUUUAGUAAAUGAGGAUUUUCAAGUGUUGCUAUUUAAGUACUGAAAGAAGAAAAAGAACUGACUCGAGAUCAGAUUUCAGCCAGUUUGUCACAACCAGGAAGGAGU